AUGAGGUUUACCAAUCCCAAGUCUCUGGUCGCGUUUACGGCACUUCCCUUCUUGGCCAGAUGCUUCUCUAUCAUCGAAACAUCCAGUGGCGCUACGGUAGCUUCCGCCAUCUUCAGCGGGCCAGGUCUCAUGGUCAUGGGUGUCAGUUCGCUCGGUGAAAUGAGCAUGGGAACAUUCACCGAUGGACCAUUCAGUCUCGGGAGUGGAGGCAUACUGACCAGCGGAAAAGCAACUGGAGCCUACACCUCGGGGGAUCGAAACGUCGAUAACGGUGUUGGAAUUGGUUACGAUUGGGUUUGUGCCCCAGGUACCCAGAACAUCAACGCUUUACAAGUUCAGCUGCAGCUUGAACCUGGGUUCAACGGUGUCCGCAUCGAAUUCGUGUUUGCUACACAGGAAGCUCCAAGCACCCUUGGUAAUAUGGAUGCUAUAUCCAUCCUUGAUAUAGCCCUUGGCGCCCCGGUUCAAUACGCCUCUGAUACCGAUGGGAAUCAAAUCAAUGCCUUGUCUCCUUUCCUACUCACACCGGAUGCCAUCGUCCCCCCAGACAGUCUCACGGGGUACACACGAUCCUCACCACCACUUGUGAGGACGGUAAUGGCUAAUAGCGGUACCGUGAACGUGGUGUUAUCCGUCUGUGACGUUGGAGAUGCAUUCAAUGACUCUGGUUUCCUUCUCCGAGCAGAGGGCUGUAUUGACUGUGACUUUGGAUCUGACCAAGUUGAGAUCAACUAUGUUUACGAAACAACGACACUCCCUCCUGGAGAACAGCCUUACACUUCUACUAUUCCUGCGUCAGACACCGCAUCUGGUACUUUUAUUGUUUUCGUGGAGGCUACCGGAGUUACCACUACUACAGUUGAAGCCACCACAACUGCUGAUGAGACAACCACGACUGGGGAAACAACCACGACUGGGGAGACAACCACGACUGGGGAGACAACCACUACAACUGGGGAAGUGACUAGCACCACCACUGCUGAAUCAACAACUACGACGACGGAUGAUCUGACAACUACAAGUGUUGGAGUAACAACAACCACGGAGGUGUCUACGACAACCGCCGAGACUACGACUACUGAGACUACGACCACCGCCAUUGGCGAGGUCACCACAACGGAGCUGGUUUCAACAACUGAAGAGUCAACAUGGGUAUUCUUUGAGACUACCACCGCCACGACUGAUAUCACAUCGGAGUCGGUUUCCACCACAGAGGAACCAACGACCACGGAACAAUCCACGACUGUCAUCACUAGCGAACUGAAAACAACCACGACUACCGAGGUGUCAACUUCUACUGAGGAAAUGACAUCAUCUGCAACAGUUGAGUUCUCAACAUCUACUGACGUUGAGCCAAUCCUCAGCACUACCAGUGAGAUCGUUUCCACCAGCGUUGACCUGGGACCUGUUCUUGCUUCAGAUACAACGACAAGCGAGUCUAUUGUGCCGACUACAGAUGAACUGAUUGAGUCCACUACGACAAGCACAUCUGAGUCUAGCACUGUUAUCCCUGAGGCCUCUAGCGAGUCUAUGACCUCCUCAACCGUCAGCACCGCUCUCCUUUCAGUUUCCUCUGAAGCUACCUUUAAUUCGGAGGAGACUUCGACUUCGGCCUCAGAAGUGAUCCCAGAGACCACGUCUGCUCCACUGGAACCAGUGACGUCCAGUUCUCCCGAAGUCCCAACAACUUCAUCAUCCAAUGCCCCUCCGGCAACAUCCUCCCCUGUUGAUGGCCCUUCAAACAUCGAUACCAUUCGUGGGUAUACCUACAAGGGCUGCCUUGGAUCCGCAGAUGGUUACCCAAGCUUCAACCUGAUAGGCUCCGGUGCAAACAUGACCACUUCAAGCUGCGUUGCCUUGGCUAGGGGCCGAGCCUACGUAGGAAUCUAUGAUCGAUCUUGUUAUGCUUCAGACUCCCUUGACUCCACUAGCCUGGUGCUGAACGGCCGAUGUGACAUUCCCUGUCCGGGUGAUAGUAGCCAUUUCUGUGGUGGUCUGGUUGUAUCCUCUUCCGAGCGUCGCUGGGUUGGCCCACGUAAAGCGCUGGAUAGGCGAGCUGCACCAGCCAAUAUCCUUUUGACCCUGUACGCUCUAGAUGAUGAGCCUCCUUCGCCUGGUGAGACCAGCACAGAGAGUGAGGUGCCAGUUACCACGCAAGAUGAAAUCACACCCAUUCCAACAAAUGCCAUUUCCUCUGGGCCGGCGGCCGCUGCCACGGAGGUUAUGACUGAGUCUGUUACCCUUCAGCCGGUCGAGACAGUUAUCGACUCUGUUACACAGCCAGGAGAGACACUGGUCGAGACUACGAUUACUACAGUCACUUACACUAUCGUCGACCCACACAACCCUUCGACCAUGACUGUUACCGAGUACUGUGCUACUUUGUCUUACGAGCCUUGCAGUCGUUGCGCUCACCCCCCCGUUCCCACUGUCGAGAUGACCACUUACGUUAUGCCUUGUAAGGCCUGCGGUUAUCAUGGCGAGAACGAAGUCACAAUCACUGCACCUUGUGCUGCCGUCACAGAGUCAACCAAAAAUCAUGUUCAUGACUCUCAAGGCUUGGUUAAUGCUUUUGCGCCCACCCGAGGUGCAUAUCAUAGUGUACCGGGGCCUGUCAGAACAGUCACCACAGCACUCAGAGAUGCCAAACCUACCGCUGGUCAUAUUGAGAGUACCAGGCCCAGCCAGCAUCAACCCAGCGACGGGAAGAAUACAGUUCCUAGCGCUGGGCACGCACAGUCCCAUGCGGUGCCUUCGCAGUCUUCUUCUAGGACCAGUGAUGAGGUUACUGCAGUGCCGGGGUCUGUAGUUGCGGGAGCUGGGCGCUACGAACCGGCUAUCUUGAGCUCGUUCGUGAUGAUAUUCAUUGCCCUGGGUGUUCUCUUGUAG